GCAUUUUAUAUUUCUAUUUUUUUAUCGUUCAAAGUUAUAAAUAUUUUUGUUAGUAAUUUGGUUAUUUUAUGAAGAGGCGGAAAUGAUCAGAAUACAGCUAUCCUCACUUGACGAAUUUAUUGCCGGACUCAGCAAGCUGGACUAUGAGGCGGCAAAGAUAGCCAGCAGCAAGGUCAUGGAGGUGCACAUACAGAUGGGCGCACUCAUGUUUUCGCUGCUGACGAUCGAGAUGAUGUACACAUCAAUGGAUUAUUUAUCGCCAGGGAACUUCCGGCGGGGCAACAGCUACUUGCUAAACAUGUACACACCACUGCCCCGGCGGUUGAAUAAGCUGCUGAAUAAGCUUGUGGUCGAGUACGAAGACGAGCACCGGCGGCUGCUUUCGUCGCGCGUCCAGCCGGCUGCUACGACCAUUGCUACGCACGCGGAGAGUAGCGAUCAUGGCAAUCAGCGCAGCGUGGUUGAUGGCUCGGGAAUUGCCUUUGGCCCGAGUCCAGGCCAUGCCGGCAGUGGCAAAACGACGGGCUCAUUUGUGCCGAGGUCAAUUAUCUACGGCUUUGAAAGCAGCAGACCCAAGCUGGGCGCGGAGUCGUCCUCAUAUGCCGAGUCGAAAAUGAUUGCCUCUGGCGCAAACGCAGGCGCAGGCUUGCGACUGAACCAGAACCAAAUUCAGGCGUCUAAUCGAAAUGUGCACGGCACAGAGUCUGGCGAUUCUGCACGCAUAGCUGCCCCGACGGCAGGUUCAUACGAGGCAUUCGACCCAAACAAGUUUGUCAUCAACACCGAGAAGGCGGAGGCCGUGAUGGAAGAACUGGAAACCAUCAAAAAGUUUGUCGGCUUCAUCUCAAAGUUGGUGGAAGUGCGCAAGACCAUGGUGGUCCUUUAUCGCUUUGUUGCAGUGACUGGACCGGUCCUGUACACUAAGAAACUGCGGCUGAUAUUGGAACAUUGCAGGAUGAUGCUACGGUCGAUCGCGCCCAAUCCGCUGUACAACAGUCUUCUCGACAACAUCUGCCACGAGGUGCGGCUGGUGGGCGGCCUGGUAGACUGGGACUCGCACAUCGUAUCGCACAACUUUGUCAAAUCCGUUACAUCGAUGAAAACCGCGCGCAACCAGCUCAAGGCAUGGGAGGCAAUUUUGCCAGAGUGCUCCUCUUCCUCCUCUUCGUCGGCAGUGGCAGGUGCAACCGUGCGGUCCAGACGGAGCACACAGGAGAGCGCCGGCGACUUAGCAGGCGCCCCUCCAAACAAGGACAGCGAAGGCUCAAGCAGGCACAGUCUUUUGUACGCGGCAUUGACAAAAUCAACAAAGCUCGUGCAGAGCCUGCUGUGGGGCGACAGCACGUCGAGUUCAUCUAAUGAAGAGCAGAUACCGACAGCCGGUCGGAUGCGGGGAAUUGUCAUAUGGAUUGGGUUCUGGGUCGAGCACCUGUCAUUUAAGACGACAGCGUACUUCCAGCAGGUAAUUGCGCCAUGCCGUGCACUCCAGCACGACGACUCGUCGCAAUCGGGGCUUCAGCAGGCGGUCCUGCAUGACAUGUGGAAUCGCCCUGGACUGUCCAAAACCAACCUUGGUGACAUGAUCACGAAUUUUAUGCACGCCAACGACGGCUGCUUUGUCGCGCUCCUGUUCGAGUCGUCGGCUCAGCGCCCAUACACGGUCGACGGUUACGCUAUCUCAGGAACCAAAAUCAAGGUCCCCGACUACCGCGUGCAGGCGUGCGCAACGCUUUUCUGCAUGUCCAACCGGCAACUGCUGCGCGCGCGCAACUGCAUUAUGGGUGACUCUAUGCUGCAGGACGUCCACUCUAUUGCUCAAAACGCGAAAUACCGCGGUGCUGCCGAUGUUCAGCGGCAGUCAGACGCUGACUGGUUUCGCCAAAAUUGCCUGCCGGAUAUCCUGUAUAUAUUGGAAGGCGAUAAAGCCACGCUGGAUUACGAACUUCUCGGCUCUAGCCCGCUGCUGGAUCAGUUGGGCGCCGAUGCUGACAAGCUGCUUGGUGAGAUAAGUGACUCUGUGUAUGACGUGGUAGAAGCAGCCCUCGAGGACUUGGCCAAGACUGAAGAGCGGGCGCGGGCUGCCCUCACUGAGGCACAGCACAUUGCCGCAAGCAGCAUGCGUGGCACAGCCAGUUUCAGCACCCGCAUCCACAAUUACCCAGAGGCACCCGUGGAGCACGGCUCAGCGACACCGGAUCAACAGUCAAAAUAUAACAUGUCGAUAUACGACUCUAAACAGCCUGGCGAUAUGUUGUCCCCUUUGGGUCGCCCGGGCGGCCGUGGCCACGAGUACCACAACGCGCCGCUUUUGCGAAGCGAGUCUCUGCAGCAGCCGAUUGGCUCCAGUAAGCCUGCUCCACCGCCGCACCAGGGGUCGGCACUCAGCCAGCUGCAUUCAGAAGAGGAGGGCCCGGACCUUUACUCGACGUAUUUGCUGAAGUCACACCUGCGGAACAACAUAUCCGCGCAUGAAAAGCACGUGCUUGAAGAUUUUGACGGAAGGCGGUUCACUAGGCGCCAGUCUGGAUAUGGUGCCAGCACGAUGAUGGGUGGCGAGUACGUUGAGUGCACCUACAGCGAACAGUCUAUGCGGGAGGGUGCUGCUGCGGCUGCGGCUGCAGCUUCCGUGGCUGCUGCUUCCGCUGUCGGGCCUCCUGUCGCUUUUAAUCGGGACAUGGUGGCUGUCAAGCCGACGCGUGCCAAAACAAGCGCUGACGGAGCGCGAGCGGCUGUAGACCCGACGGCAAUACACAGGACCGCUGUGCGCAGGCCAACGACCACAUAUGUGGCCUCUGGAAACGCCGCUGGUCGAGAUAUGAGCCUGAUAUCUCGCAAUGACAACGGGCUUUGGAACACUGAUGUUUCUCAAAGCCUUCGCAGAGUGUCAGCUGGAAACCUGCAAGGUCUUGAGAGCCUGCGCUUCUCGUCCGCAAAUGACCUAAGCAUUUUCACUGGCCGUAGAGUGCGCGGAACCAUAGCCUCGACAAGCAACACGAGCAUGGAGACCGGUAGGCAGUCUCCGAGCGUCCGCUCGCUAUUCCGCUCGACACUGAAGCCAAGCGCUCAAGCGCUUCAGUCACCGAAUAGCGCCCAGAAAACGGCCGAGAGCGGAGUUGCGCGCCGCGUGCGCCGCGGCGAAAGGCUCAGAGAGCUAUUUGGGUCAUGGCAGACUGCAUGCAACGAAGAAGACAUGCCCGAGGAUGCCACAGCCGCCGGUCUGCCGGCGAGCGAAAUCAGGCGCGGCUCUGUUACAUCCCUGUCAUACAGCACGCCCACUCGCAUGAGCACAGUCCGGAAACCCAACGCUGCAUCGAUGCUGGCACCGGUGGCGUCAACGACAAGUAUACUUGCUUUGGCAAACACGUCUACCAGCUCGGCGCAGCCUUCGGCGCCUGGCACUGAGUCUGGUAGUGGAGGGUUGGGGCACCAAGCGUUGCGAGCUGCUGCUCUUUCGAGAACGGCCACCAUAAAUUCUGGGCUGAUGGCAGCGGCCACGGCAAGCACGGCCACUCAUCAUAGCCACCUUGCUCCGGAAAUGGGCAGUUUGGACAAUCCAACCGCUGGCAGCUCUUUGCAGAAGCCCCAGUCGCAACAUUUGGUACCACCGCCCUCUAAUGGCCAGGCAGCUGCAGCAGAGAGCGGCAGGUCGGAAGGGUACACAUAUCUCUACUCGCGCGUGAGCGUGCCAAAUGUGGUCAUGGUAGCCGUGCUCUUGGAUACUGAAAAGGGACUAAGCCGGCGACGCGAGGCCACGCACGCGUGGGACGAGAUUGUUAACGUUAUUCGCGGGACACCACUGUUCGAGCAGUUGAUGAAGCUGACUGGCUGAUAUAAAAGCGAUUAAUUAUUUUUGUCUUCUAUUCAAUUUUUGAUCAUAAUUUAGCGAUCUUUCAUUCCGCAAGAGUUGAGGAAGCCGUUGUUUUGUGACAUUUUUAUUUCUUGCUUGUGUGCAG